GAGACCCCCGUGUUGGACGUGUUGCCCGUGGGCGCUGCUCCUCGAACAGCCUCUCCUUCGUCCCGCACUGGUGACACCGUCGCUCCAGAGGGCUCGGCCGCCUCCACAGAGCCCGGGCCCGAGGGGAGGUGCGAGAGGGCGCCAAGGGAGGCGGCCGUCAUGUGCGAGCAGUGCGACGUCUUCUACUGCGAGCCCUGCCGCCUGCGCUGCCACCCGCCCCGCGGGCCGCUGGCCAAGCACCGCCUGGUGCCGCCGGCCCAGGGCCGCGUGAGCCGCCGCCUGAGCCCCCGCAAGAUCUCCACGUGCACGGACCACGAGCUGGAGAACCACAGCAUGUACUGCGUGCAGUGCAAGAGCCCCGUGUGCUACCAGUGCCUCGAGGAGGGCAAGCACUCGAGCCACGAGGUCAAGGCGCUGGGCGCCAUGUGGAAGCUGCACAAGAGCCAGCUCUCCCAGGCCCUCAACGGCCUGUCAGACAGAGCCAAGGAGGCCAAGGAGUUCCUGGUCCAGCUCCGCAACAUGGUGCAGCAAAUCCAGUCCCGCGUCAACAAGGAGCACGAGCACAAGCUGAAGGUGGUGCGAGACCAGAUCUCCCACUGCACCGUGAAGCUGCGGCAGACCACGGGCCUCAUGGAGUAUUGCCUGGAGGUGAUCAAGGAGAACGACCCCAGCGGCUUCCUGCAGAUCUCGGACGCUUUGAUCAGGAGAGUGCACUUAACUGAGGACCAGUGGGGGAAGGGGACACUCACCCCCCGGAUGACCACAGACUUUGACCUAAACCUUGACAACGCCCCUCUGCUGCAGUCCAUCCAUCAGCUGGACUUCGUGCAGAUGAAAGUGCCGGCACCGCCGAUCCUGCAGCUGGAGGAGUGUUGCACCCGCAACAACAGUGCCACCUUGUCCUGGAAGCAGCCCCCGCUGUCCACGGUGCAGGUGGAAGGCUACAUCCUGGAGCUCGACGACGGCAACGGUGGCCAGUUCAGGGAGGUGUACGUGGGCAAGGAGACCAUGUGCACCGUGGACGGGCUGCACUUCAACAGCACGUACAGCGCGCGCGUCAAGGCCUUCAACAAGGCGGGCGUCAGCCCCUACAGCAAGACGCUGGUCCUGCAGACUGCCGAGGUUGCUUGGUUCUCUUUCGACCCUGCCUCCGCGCACGCCGACAUCAUCUUUUCUAAUGACAACCUGACUGUCACCUGCAACAGCUACGAUGACAGGGUUGUGCUGGGGAAAACGGGCUUUUCCAAAGGGCUCCAUUACUGGGAGCUGUCGAUCGAUCGUUACGAUAACCACCCCGACCCGGCCUUCGGCGUGGCGCGCGUGGACGUCCUCAAGGAUGCCAUGCUGGGCAAGGACGACAAGGCCUGGGCCAUGUACGUGGACAACAACCGGAGCUGGUUCAUGCACAACAACUCGCACACCAACAGGACGGAGGGCGGGAUAACGAAAGGUGCCACGGUGGGAGUGCUGCUGGAUCUGACCCGGAGAACCCUGACCUUCUCCAUCAACGAGGACCAGCAAGGGCCGGUGGCGUUCGAGAACCUCGAGGGCCUCUUCUUCCCCGCCGUGAGCCUCAACAGGAACGUGCAGGUGACGCUGCACACGGGGCUGCCCGUGCCCGAGUUCUACACGUCCCGCUCGGCCGGGCCGUUCGGUUUUAUUUAUUUGGGAGUUUUCGGGGGGGAGAGGAUCUACUACCUGUCGCUGGAGUUCUACAUGGGGCGCACGCUGCAGAACACCAUGAUCAACCUGGGGCUGCAGAACGCCUGCGACGAGGCCGUCUACCAGGUGCGGAGCGGCGCCGAGCGGGAAGCAGCCGCGCUCGCUGGCGCCUUUGCAAAACGCCGCCGGCCGGGGCGGUUGCACAAGAGCCCUCAAACAAGCGGGUCCAAAGGCAGCGCCG